UCGUACGUCGACGAUUACUAUUCAAAGAUAUUAGUAGUCGAUUGAUUUGAAAAUCAUUUGAAUAAUCCGAAUGAAGUGCUUAGUUGAAUAAUUUGUAGUCGGAUUAGUAAAGUCGCGCAUCGCUACGUGCUGUUCUCUGUGAUACCCAUGAACUUCAUAGUGACACCAAUUCAAUUUACUAGUUAUUAGCUACCAAUCGUAAUUGUCUAUUUAUUUUUAAUAAUUAUAAUUAGGUGUAUAUAGCUGGCUUGUGGUUGUACAAAAUUACAGAUCUUUUUUUGUAAUUGUUUAUUUAAUUCCACCAAGAAUUCACAAUGAAGCCGCCGUAUAAGAUAGCUGAUGAGAAGUUGGCAGAGUUAGGCAGAAAGGAAAUUAUGUUGGCUGAAAAAGAAAUGCCAGGACUGAUGGCCUGCCGUCGUAAAUAUGCUCCAAGCAAAAUCCUGAAAGGGGCAAGAAUAGCUGGCAGUCUACAUAUGACUGUACAAACUGCAGUUCUUAUUGAGACUCUGAUAGAACUCGGAGCAGAAGUGCAAUGGUCGAGUAGUAAUAUUUAUAGCACUCAAGACGAGGCUGCUGCGGCGCUUGUAGCAGUAGGAAUACCUAUAUAUGCCUGGAAGGGAGAAACUGAAGAGGAAUAUAUAUGGUGUAUUGAACAAACUCUUAUCUUUUCUGAUGGAAGGCCCCUGAAUAUGAUUUUGGAUGAUGGGGGAGAUUUAACUAAUUUAGUGCACACAAAAUAUCCACAAUUACUUGAGGGGAUCAAAGGGCUAUCAGAAGAAACCACUACUGGCGUACAUAAUUUAUAUAAAAUGUUUAGAGAAGGUCUUCUGAAAGUUCCAGCUAUCAAUGUGAAUGAUUCAGUUACUAAAAGCAAAUUUGAUAAUUUGUAUGGAUGCAGAGAAUCAUUGCUUGAUGGUAUUAAAAGAGCCACAGAUAUAAUGAUUGCAGGAAAAGUAUGUGUAGUAGCAGGUUAUGGAGAUGUAGGUAAAGGUUGCGCUCAAGCUUUUAAGGGUUUUGGUGGCCGUGUAAUAGUUACUGAAAUAGAUCCUAUAAAUGCUCUUCAAGCUGCAAUGGAAGGUUUCCAAGUUACUACUAUGGAAGAAGCUGCUGAAAUAGGCCAAAUCUUUGUGACAACAACUGGUAAUAUAGAUAUAAUUUACAAGGAUCAUUUCCUAAAAAUGAAAGAUGAUGCUAUUGUAUGCAACAUUGGGCACUUUGACUGUGAAGUUGAUGUAGCAUGGCUAGAGAAAAAUGCAAAAAAAGUGAAUAUUAAACCUCAAGUUGAUCGUUAUGAACUGGAUAAUGGGAAUCAUAUAAUAGUACUUGCAGCUGGAAGGCUUGUUAAUCUUGGUUGUGCCACAGGACAUUCCUCUUUCGUUAUGUCCAAUUCCUUCACUAAUCAAGUCUUGGCUCAAAUCGAGUUAUGGACGAGACAUAAUGUCUAUCCUGUUGGUGUUCACACACUUCCAAAAAAAUUAGAUGAAGAAGUUGCUACACUUCAUUUGGAACACCUCGGUGUAAAACUUACUAAGCUCACUCCCAAACAAGCUAAAUAUAUUGGCGUACCGGUAGAUGGACCAUAUAAACCAGAUCACUACAGAUACUAAGAUAUUUGUAACUUUGACAAUAGGCAUUUUUCACUGAUAGGUUUUAAUAUUAUUAUUAACACUACAUUAGUGCUUUUUUAUACUAUUUAAAGUGAAGUGAUUUAAUUAAGUGUAUGCCAAAAAAAAAAAAUCGUUAUUAUGCCUUAAUACAUACAUCAUGUCUGAAUUUUACGAUUUAAUUUCAAUUUUGUGUUUGUCAUGUCACAAUUCAAACAUGAUCUAUGUUUAAUGGUGUGAUAUAUAAUCAGGUUAGUAAAGCGCAAUAUGUUCUGUUCUUAUAUGCAAAUUGCCAAUGAAGUUCUUAUAAUAUAAUCAUAACAACAUAAGCAUAGGUCUAAUAUUAUAUUAAUUCUUGUUUUUAGUGUAACUUCAUCAUGAAUUUAAAAAUAUUUAGAAUGGAUGAUUAAAAGGAUGUUUUUGUAUUUUUUUUUUAUUUUAUACUCUAUGCAUCAUAACAUGAAACCUGACACUUUGACAGUUUAUACUUCCAAAAAGUAAGGUUUGAAAAAAAGAACUGUAUUGGACGAGAUUUAAGGACCAAACACUCAUAACUUUUUCACAGCCAGUUUAUUGCACAUUUAGAAUUGAAGUGACCUAAUUACCAUAGAACGACUCAGGACAGGAGCACAUAAUUUACUAGUGUUAUUAAUAAAAUUUAUCAUUUGUAACUAGAUAAGGAGAUAAGCACUAUUUUGUCUUUUUUUUUUACCACUAAAUUACAUAUAAUAAGUUUUCAUACCUCCUACUAUUAAAUUGUCGCCUUCUGUAAUGCAUUGAUAUUCAAUAUAUUUGGAUUGAAUUGUUUCAAUUCCAAAAACGCGAUAUUUGUAAUAUUUUGAAUUUUUAUCAUGGCCUUCAUUAACAGCAUGAUAGACAAAGUACAGGUUUUUAUAGUAAUUACGGAAAGUAAUAGCUUCGUACAGUUUUUUUUUUAUUUUUAAAGUAUGUCUAAUUUUAUGAUACAAUUUUUAAAGAAGAUUUUCAUUAUUCUAUUAUUAACCGAAAAACACUUAUAUGCCUAUACAGCUAGUUACAUCUAUUAGAUGAUAUCCUAAGACAUGGGUUAAGGCACAAACAUUGUAAUUUCUUAAAUUGCACUACGUGCAACAGGAAUAAUGCGUAGAGCCCUAGCGUUUGACUCAUUAAAAUGAAAAUAAUAAAAUAACAAAGAGAAAAAUUUAAUCAAGCAUUUAUAAUACAUAAUAUAGUCUCAUAUUUAAAUUACAUGUAAAUAUUAUUAGAAUAUAAUUUGGAAUUAUUAUGAAAAUUAACAAAAUUAUUAUAAACUAAAUUUAUAAUAAUUUAGAGAGUAGAAUUCUUUUAGAAAAUAUAAAACUACAACAAAUUUAUAAUAAAGAAUAAAAUUAGCAAAGUGUCAUCAUCAAUCAUUUACACAAUAUGGCUAUAUUAUACAUGUCCUCUCCUAUAGCAUAAUUGUACCAAACUAUAAUUUAUAAACGAAUAUCAUUUCAAUCUGUUAUAUCUUAUUUUCGCAUAUGGGGUCAGCUAAUCCGUUGCACGUCGACCUAUAGGGAUCUUUUGUGCUUCCCCCUGUCGUAUACCAUCAUUUCAUGGAUCCUGUUUGUUACCUUAACGAUAUCCCGCGGUUUAAGAUAUAUGUAAUCCCCUGGCUCUGGAUAAGCCGUUCCCAGUAGACUCAUACGCAUACUUGCCAACAAAUCGCAGUUGCAUAUCAAGUUUUCCAUGGAUUCCGAUUUCUCACCGCACAGUCUGCACAGUGUGUCCGAAGAUAGACCAAUCUUAUAUAAUAUAUGCCCAGUUAGGGCACCCAUAAUUAGUGUUUCCUGUUGUCUCCUACCGCUGUAGACUAGUUUAUCCCAUCCCUCAGCAUUGUCAUUUAAAAACUUUAGUAUGCCUAAGACUUUUAAAGUCCUCCAUUCCUUCUGCUGUUUUUUCCUCACUCCAUGUGAAAGUCAAGGGGUGAGUUAAUAACACUUGAUGCAAGUGCAACGUAUGGCUCAGGACCUAUAAUUUUUGAUUCUGAUCCCCUUCUCGCCAACUCAUCGACCCUUUCAUUACCUUUAAAUCCUGUAUGUCCAGGGACCCAUACCAAACUAACCCUAUUAUGUCUACCCAAAUUAUUUAAGUUUUGAAUAUUAUUUAAGGUUAACCCUGAAUUCACCCUUGUUGAUACAAAUGCUUUGAUAGUCGCUUGACUGUCACUCGAAAUAUAGAUAUUCUUGUUUUUUACAUGAUUAUCUAGAUUCAUAGCUACACUGUUGGCAACAGCAUACAAAUUUGUUACAACAUUAUUGUAAUUAUUAUAAACAUAUUUAUAAUUAAUAAAUAAAUUGUGUACUUAAAUUUUUAA